CUACAGACUGCUGUUCCAGUUCCUGCGUAGCUACUGUUGGCGGUAGCUUGUGCAGUGAUGGCGUCGACUAGUCGGGUGGAUGCGCUACCGCGAGUAACAUGCCCCAAUCAUCCGGACGCUAUGCUUGUCGAGGAUUACAGAGCUGGUGACAUGAUCUGCUCUGAAUGUGGAUUAGUGGUUGGUGAUCGUGUUAUUGAUGUGGGAUCCGAAUGGCGAACAUUUAGUAAUGAUAAAGCUACCAAAGAUCCGUCUAGAGUUGGAGAUACCCAGAAUCCUCUGCUUAGUGGAGGAGAUCUGACUACCAUGAUCGGCAAGGGAACGGGUUCAGCAAGUUUUGAUGAGUUUGGAAACUCUAAAUACCAAAAUCGUAGGACGAUGAGCAGUUCUGACAGAGCAAUGAUGAAUGCUUUUAAAGAAAUAACAAAUAUGGCAGACAGAAUUAACCUCCCACGAAAUAUUAUUGAUCGAACAAAUAAUUUAUUUAAACAAGUAUAUGAGCAGAAAAGCUUGAAGGGUAGAAGUAACGAUGCUAUAGCUUCUGCGUGUCUUUAUAUUGCCUGCAGGCAAGAAGGUGUUCCGAGAACGUUUAAAGAAAUCUGUGCUGUCUCUCGGAUUUCAAAAAAGGAAAUUGGCAGAUGUUUUAAGCUUAUUCUGAAAGCUCUGGAAACAAAUGUCGAUUUGAUUACAACUGGAGACUUCAUGUCAAGGUUCUGUUCAAACCUGGGUCUUACCAAGCAAGUACAGAUGGCGGCUACGUACAUUGCACGGAAAGCAGUGGAGCUGGACUUGGUUCCUGGUAGAAGUCCAAUUUCUGUCGCAGCUGCAGCGAUUUACAUGGCCUCUCAGGCGUCUGCUGAGAAGAGAACCCAGAAAGAAAUCGGUGAUAUUGCAGGGGUAGCCGAUGUAACUAUUCGCCAGUCCUACAGGCUGAUCUAUCCUCGAGCGCCUGACUUGUUUCCUGCAGACUUCAAGUUUGACACACCAGUUGACAAACUGCCGCAGUUAUAAACAGAACAGUUCCAGGAUGCUAUAGUUUCUUUUUUUUUUUUUUCCUCUUGCACCCACACUAUUUGAUCUUGGACCUUCUGAAGCAAUCUGGAGAAUUGUUUGCAAGUUUUUGAAGUGACAUUCCGAGACUGGCAUAUUUUGUAUAUACAUUAGUGCUUUAAACAGAAAAUUCUGAGCAAAUUAUAGUCCGCAUUCCAUGUUUUUGACAACUAUUUAAAAUAUGUAAUUCCUAAUAAACCAUUUUGAGAGCAUUGUAUUUUUUUUUUUUUGCUGCACUUAACUGGCGGUUUAGUACCAAGAAUGCAAAUUAAUCUUGUAAUGGCGGUUAACGGUAUCCGCUUACUACGAUGGAACAAAUGUUUUGAUGAUUACCAGAUUGUGCCAUGUAAAAUUGCAAUCCAAUAUUUGAUUAACAUUUGUGUCUUGUACAUUGUAAACAUUUAUAGUAAAUAUAAUUUGUAUGUUUUUAUGAAGGAAUGAGCUUUAUUUAAUAUUGCUGGAAAGCCUAUUGGGCUUAUGUUUGUUUUUCUUUUUUAGCCGCACUUAAUCCAUUUAACAGAAAUGUUAAAUUUGGUUACAACUCAUUUAUACUGUACUUGCAACAGUAUUGUAUAUUACAUUGUUUAACUUUUGUAAUGUUUAUUUGUAACUGUUCUCAACUUCAGACCAGCUCAGAAGUAUGGGAAAAAAAUUCAAAUUUUUCAUAACUUUACUAGUAAAACGUUUUUCCCCA